AUGUACUUGCUCAUCAUCCUCUUGUCCGAUAACCUCUGUUUGAGUCCUAGUCUCUGCCCAGCGUUAAUUCGUUAUUGGGUUAACUCUCACAACCACACUCUGACACGUAACACCUUUGGUCAUUCAAAGUCUCCUUGCCAAUAUUCACCCAGACACAUCCCUCAUCAUCAGUCCCCUGAGACACGUACUUCUUCCACUUGCCUCAAGCCUCCCCAGCAUGCACCUCGAAAAGGGCCAUCUGCAAAGGCUGGUUCUGCCCAUGGGGGUCGUGAUCCCACGUCCCGUGGACCAUCUUGGGUCAUAAUCCCACGUCCCGUGGACCAUCUCAUCAAUGCUCCCCGACUUGGUCAACGACUGUCUUUACUCACUCAAGGUCUCCGUGUUCAAGCAGGGGUCGUGAUCACACUUUCCGCAGACCAUCUCCUUCACGAUACUCCCCAACUCAGUCAACAACCAUUUUCACUCACUCAAGAUCUCCACAUCAGAGUACAUCCUGUGGAUCAUCUCCUGGACAUUCCUCAUCGCGGCCACCAGAUAGGCGAGCUUCUCGAUUCAAUCACUCACAGUCUCAUACCCCUGUUCCAAGCUGUUCUCACUCGUGCCGCCAAAUUAGAAAUGCGCUUGCAAGCUGUUCUGACUCAUCCUGUCCCAAAGCAUCAGGAUGUGCUACAGCUCGCGCGAGAAGUCUUAGAUGCAGUAUUAUGGAGUUACCAUUCAAAGAAGAUCAAAAUGGAAAACGGCUAUUUCCUGCAGUAUAGGGCACAGAUGUCAUGCCUUCUUUGCGACGACUUAUUCACAUUUCACACUGAGCUCAAGAAAGUUGUAAUAUCUAUUGCAAAACAACUGUAUGGUAUCUUUCCCAAAGCCAACAUGGGGCAGAAGGAUGCCGUACAAUGGCAUGUCGUCGAAGCGGCAUUGAAGCUGAUCAAAUCUGGCGACUAUCUUCAAUUGCCUGACUCAUCAUCGGGCAAGUACAAGAAUUUCGUUUUGCAAGUUCUCAAGGACGCAUGUAUCGACUUCUACUAUGGUAACGGCAAAAAGGCCCUCAAGUUGACCAAAGAAUUCCACAAAACAAUCCCCAUCAACGCGCUCAUUCUCGUCAGCGCGGUCGCGAAGGGUAUUCUAACUGUGUUCUACGACACUGGCACAGACAAAGUCCCCAACCUGUCCACUGAUAAAUGCAGGUCUGACUUCAACUCCUUACGAAGGUCGGUUGACACACUGAUGGACAAUUCCGAGUGUCGUCAGGAACUGGAAAGUAUGCUAGAGGAAUGGGCUGAUGUGGGGAUGAUGGGACCAUGCCACACUGGCAAGGAAGAACCUGAUAAGGGUAGCUACAUGAAUUGUUCGGCACUCAUGAACUUGAUGGAAGUUAAAAUGGAUCAAAUUCAAGAUGGAACUCUCCUCGACGCCAGUCAAAUCCAAUGGUACAACGAUCCUGACGAUGAUACUCCACUGCCUGUGCUUCCCGCUCAGGCAUGUCGCUCGACUCGUAUCCCACACCCUGCACCCAAGCUUGUUGACCCCAACAAUGCUGUCUUGCGCAAACGCAAGGCUAGCAGGUCAGUGGUCACAAGUGAGGGCUCUGAGGAGGAAAGUGACUGUGAAGGAGACCAGGAUAACGGGGUAACUACGGAUGCAGCUACUGACAUGGAUCAUGAGACAGAUAUCGACGGCAUCACCCCCUCCGAGUCUGCUUCACAGUAG